UGGCAACAGCCAUUGACGCAUCUGAACAAAUGUGUAUGGGCCCUUAAAGUGAAUUGGUGAUAAUGUGCAUUUGGCGUAUAUGUGCUUGUGAGUGUUUUAGGUAACCCUCGGUGCCAGGGGCAGACUGACAACUCAUGGGGCCCCGGGCAAUAGGGGAUCAUAGGGCCCCUGUGUCCUUGCCCAAACUCAAAAAAGCCUAUGAAAAAAGGUACCAGGGGCUCUCAUGGGGCCCCCUACUGACCCCGGGCCCUCGGGCAGUGCCCGAGUUUCCAAAUGGUCAGUCCGCCCCU